GAAGAGAAUCGGGGUCCACAACAAAAUCGCUUAAUCGCUUUGCGCCACCGUCCGCUGCGCUACGGGAACGCAAACGGAACCGCGGCACCUGCUCUCUCGUGUCUUCCGCGAGAGACUCAGCUACACUCGGCGCUCGUCUCACGUCGAUGUGUGUCGUGUUUUCAUAACCCCGGCACAAUUUAACUGUUUUUUCGUUAAUUACAUCAAAACUAUCAAGUGACAGCUGUCAAUAGGCAUCGUUCAGAUUGUUUUACGUGAUAAUUGACUACUGACAGUGUGGAUUAAGGAAAUUAAUCAAGAAAAAACAUAUCAAAUUGCUAGUUUUCUAGUACAGACAUUUAUAUUUUAUUGGAGUACAAAGCGGGCCUAUUAGGGCCCGAUUUUACGUUUAUUACUCAUCAUUACGUCUUUUCUACGAGCUGAUUUGUAUCACGGGUCAUGGUAAGGAUUUAGUAUCGUUCGUACUUACCACAAUAUUAUUUUUUUGGAAAAUAAUUUAAUUAGUCAUGGAUUCUGCACGUUAUUGGAGUGCUCACUACAGCGGAGGGAUGGCCGGGCAGCACUACUGCCUGCGCUGGAACAAUUACCAGUCAAAUAUGACGUCUGUUUUUCAUCAAUUAUUACAAACGGAGGCCUUCGUAGAUGUUACCCUGGCCUGCAAUGAAGCUUCAUUAAAAGCGCACAAGGUCGUCUUGUCAGCGUGCAGUUCAUAUUUCAAAAAGCUUCUACUGUCAAAUCCAUGUAAACAUCCAACGAUAAUUAUGCCACAAGAUGUUUGCUUCAAUGACCUCAAGUUCAUCAUCGAGUUUGUCUACAAGGGCGAGAUUGACGUGUCACAAGCGGAACUUCAGUCAUUGCUGAAGACGGCUGAUCAGUUGAAGAUCAAGGGUCUCUGCGAAGUACCGGAAAGUAAGGAAGCACCAGCAACUGUCAGUUUAAGCUCAUCGCCAAGAGAGUCAGCUGCAUCGAGGUUCAAUUACACCAAGUUGAAGAGGCAUCAUCCAAAGUAUAAACGACCACGAACGACAUUUGAGCCAAGAGCUACGAGUACUGACUCAAGACACUACGACAGAUACAAAGAAGAAGAAAAUAACGAUAGUCGUGGAUUUAAUUGCGAAAACGAUAAAGAGAAUCAUCGGGGUGACUGGCAGACAGAGGAUGAGGAGUGCGGAGAAGCAGCAGUAGUCCUGGAAUCCUGCCAACGAGACAGCAACAACGGUAACGGCACAAACAACAAUAACGGUGACAUGUUCUGUCAUACAGGGCUAGGUCACUAUGGACAUCAUCCAGAUCCCGGAGAGGUUGAUUUACCACCCGAGACACAGCCAACACCACCAAGUGCUACGCUGGUUGGCACAACUAUUACACACCUCAGGGACUCCGAUAAUCAUUCGACAGAUAUUCAAAAUUGUGACAGCGUCAAAAUUAAAUUUGAAACGCUUCAUACGAUGGAUUCAUCGGACACGAUUGACAUAGACAGUCACAUGUCAGAUUGUGCAAGUGUUAGCUCGAAACAUGCAGCAGAGGGUGAUAAUAUGAUGAUGAUAACCCCAGAGCUGUUGGGACUUAUGCCAUCUGGGAGUUCUGUUCAUUCAAAUUCUGGCGAGAAUAAUACCCGAAGCCACUCUGGCGGAUCUGGACACCAUCAUGGUUCUAAAUCUUGGACUCAGGAAGAUAUGGAUGCUGCACUAGAAGCUCUGAGAAAUCACGAUAUGAGUUUAACAAAAGCCUCAGCAACUUUUGGCAUACCAUCGACAACUCUUUGGCAACGUGCGCACAGACUAGGUAUCGAUACUCCAAAGAAAGAUGGGCCAACAAAAUCGUGGAGCGAUGAGAGUUUAAAUAAUGCCUUGGAGGCACUACGGACCGGCACAAUCUCUGCAAAUAAAGCUUCCAAAGCAUUUGGUAUACCUUCUAGUACCUUGUAUAAAAUUGCCAGGAGAGAAGGUAUUCGAUUAGCUGCUCCGUUCAAUGCGAGUCCUACCACUUGGUCACCGGCAGAUCUCGAUAGAGCUCUCGAAGCAAUCAGGUCAGGACAGACUUCGGUGCAAAGAGCUUCCACUGAAUUCGGUAUACCCACAGGAACACUUUAUGGAAGAUGUAAGAGAGAAGGAAUCGAAUUGAGUAGAAGCAAUCCAACUCCUUGGAGUGAAGAUGCAAUGACUGAGGCACUAGAGGCUGUUAGGUUGGGUCAUAUGAGCAUCAAUCAAGCGGCUAUUCAUUAUAAUUUACCAUACUCUUCUCUCUACGGACGUUUUAAAAGAGGUAAAUAUGAGGAGCCAGUCGUCAAUGAAAUGUCUCAAGAUGGAACAAGUCCGCAUUUUCAUCAAAGUCCACAUCAUAAUCAUUCGUCCUCCCUUCCUGAUCAAAUGCCCUACCAAGGUAGCUGAAAUUUACCUCUUUACUAGGCUUUUGUCCCUAGCUUUAGCGCUCUCGAUCUCAGGAUGUCUUUAAUUUUACGUUAGUGAAUCUCUCAAGAUCAUCGACGUGUAAUUAAAUGCGAUCAUGAGACACGGACAGCGUCGCGAGAAUAAAUCUUGCAGUAUUAAAACAAAAAAAUAAUGGUAAAAAAGAAAAAUACAAAUACGUAUGAAGAUAAAUAAAAAGGGUAGCGCAACAAUACACUGUUAAUUAAGGAAAAGUGUAUAUGAUUGCGAUUACUUCAUUAAUUCUUGUUAAGUGCGGCAAAAUAAAUUUCAUGAAGUUUCAUUUGCAUAAGUUAAAAAAAAUUUGUACAGACGGAACAAAGUUUCCGUAAAAUUUUGUAUUUUAACCAGGUAUAGUUAGCCCAGGGAAGUAAUUAAAAUAAAUAUGAAAAUAAAUAGAAAUAAAAAAAAUAUUCUGAAAAUUGUCCGUACUAAUCCAAUGACUGUUUUGGUAUUUAAGAAAAAGAAACAAUCAUCGAUAAAUAAAUAUAUAGAUACAAUUUAAUUAAGAAUGUCAGGGACAUUUACAAAGAAUAAAAAAUACAAAAAAAAACAAUCAAUAUUGAACAAAUAAAUUAAUAA